GAAUAGCGUCUUCACCAUGAAGCUCUUGAUAUUAGUGUUUAUUGCUACAUGUACUGCUAUACCUGAUGGGUAUGGAUCUACAGGAAGUUCAGGAUUCUCUAGCGGAGGAGGAUUCUCUGGCGGAAGUGUAAUUUCUGCUGGAGGAGGAGGAUUCUCAGGUGGAAGUGGAUUCUCUGGUGGAGGAGGAGGAUUUUCUGGAGGAAGUGUGAUCUCUGCUGGAGGAGGGGGAUUCUCAAGUGGAGGAGGAUUUUCCAGUGGAGGCGUCUCUAGCGGUGGAGGAUUCUCUAGUGGAGGAGGAGGAUUCUCUAGUGGAGGAGGAGGAUUCUCUAGUGGAGGAGGAGGAUUCUCUAGUGGAGGGGGAGGAUUCUCUAGUGGAGGAGGAGGAUUCUCUAGUGGAGGAGGAGGAUUCUCUAGUGGAGGAGGAGGAUUCUCUAGCGGAGGCUUCUCUAGCGGAGGAGGAUUUUCUAGUGGAGGUGGAUUCGGAAGUGGAGGAUUUUCUGGUGGCGGCGGAUCUGGCAGAGGAUGCGGUCCUGGAACAGUCUUACAUGUAGACGGAUCCUGUGUCAGCCCAGUAGUAUCAAGAAAAGUGUACGUCUACGACGCCCCUGCACAUCCGUCUGGUCCAAGUGGUCCACCACCGAGGGUUCCACCACCGAGGGUUGAUCACAAUAUCCUGUUUGUUCGUCUUCCGGAGGGAGGCGCAGGACCUGAGCCUAUUGUUAUCCCACCACCAAGGCAAGAGAAUAUCGUGUACGUCCUUAAUAAGGCCAGUGGAGCAGGAGGACAACAAGUCAUCGAAGUACCAGCUCCUCCCGCUUCUAGUCCAGAGGUGUUCUUCGUCAACUAUGCUGACGGAGAAAAUCCUCAACUCCCUAUUGGCGUGGACCUCCAGACAGCUCUCCAAGCAGCUGCCAAUGGAGGAGGACAAGUCGUCGGUGGCGCCGGAAGUCUUGGCGGUUCAGGAGGCGGAGGAUUUGGAGGGGCAGGAGGACUGGGUAGCGGAGGAGGACUGGGAGGUGGUUUUGGCGGCAGUGGAGGUUUGGGAGGUGGUUUUGGCGGCAGUGGAGGAGCAGGAGGUGGUUUUGGCGGCAGUGGAGCAGGAGGUGGAUUUGUUGGAAGUUCGGGAGGCGGAGGAUUUGGCGGAGGGGUAGGACAAGCAGGAGGAGGAUUCGUCGGUGGCUUUGGAGACAGUGUAGAAGUUGGAAUCAGCGUUGGCUCCGGUGGUGGCCACGUCAGCACACCGUCAAACACGUAUGGUGCUCCCUAAGGCAAUUGCCAUAGAAGAGGUGACCAUGGAAUAAUUUAAUUUUGUUUGAUUGUUUAUGUUCCAUUUUGAUGAAACUCAGAAAUGUCACUUUUAUAUUUUGUUGAUAAUGUUGUUGUUAUAUCUACUGAUUAUAUGAAUAAACUGAAAAUAUU